UGUAUACCUACAUUUACAUUUGCGACCCAGAAUUUUACUAGGCGGGCAGGCUUACAGCCUUGCCAUCAAUUCCUCCUACUUCUACUUCUCCUCUCAUUCAAAUACAUAUACCUUGUUCUUUACUACUUCGCGUUAUCCGAAGUCCCAAUCAGCGACCCACCAACCAUGAAGAUAAUACCCAAGGUCGGCCUAAAGCUUCUAAAGAAGCUGUUGCCAAAAAAGAGCAACAAUGGCAACCCGAUAGCUUCGGACGCACAAGAUGAUAAUUGCCCCAAGAAUAAGAAGCAGUCGUUACCUGAACCUCGUGAAGAAUGCCCUAUAUGUCACGAUCCCGUCGGUAUCGCUAAUCCCGAGGGCAUCGUUGAAUCAUGGACCAAACUACACUGCGGUCAUAAGUUUGGCACGCACUGCAUCCAAACUUGGCUACAAGAAUCUGUCAACCGCGAUCCGAAUAUCAAUCCGAGCUGCCCCAUCUGCCGAAGUACGGCCAAGCAUCCUUGCGGACACUUGAUAAGUCCCCCACCCUUCCCAUCUCUUCACCUGGAUUGGCAAUCACCUCGAACCCCGCCACCACCUCCGCGACGCCACCAGGUCCGUCGCCGCCUUACGCGACGACCGGGUCAUCCACUCCGUCCCCCACCCCAACCUCGUCGCCGAGCCCAGGUGGUUGGCGAGUGUAGAACCUGUGCCGAGAAUGCCGACUUCGAGGAGCGGCUGCGCAGCAGGAUUAGGGAGCGUGGACGGCAAGACACAGGCGGAUCUUCCACUAGCGCUGGCGGCCGGUCUGCAGCCGCUAUCAAGUCCAUCAUACCGGGACUAAAGAGAUCCACGAACAACGUCCGCACCACCGUCAUUCAUGUGGGCGUUGACCCUCACGAGGAGGGACAUCCACGAAGCGUCUUCUGCGUCUCGCCGCAUGUCUCGUCACGCCGGAUGCCUCGACACUCGACGCCGCCUCCGGGGUAUAAUAGACGUCUCAGCAUAUAAAGGACUACUUUAAUGUUUAACAGCAUUAAGCGUAUGGCCUACGGGCUAGGUGGGGCGGAAGGGAUAGAUCACAGGCUGGAUGGAUGGAUGGACGGAAGGAUGGAUUUCUUUGCAGUCUCUUGAUGUUUUG